AAUGCAGGAACUAUUUUUUAACCCCUUCACUCCUAAGGGUAAAAACAAAUCUAAAUGCCUAAGCACAAUUCUGCAACAUUGACAUGUGUUAGUAAAACCGCACAUAUCAUCACAACUGCUUUGUACAUCCAGGUGGAUUAUACCUUGAUUUUUUUCAGGAGAAAUUGGGCUUUCAUUUGGUGGUAAAUGGUAAUGGAUAGCUCCUGAUUUUUUUUUAUUGUCAAAGGAAAACUGGCCCAAAAUAGAUUAUAACUUUUUUUUUUUCUAU